AUGACGCUCAGCAUCUCGAUUGACCCCCAAGAUCCGCACGGCUCGGAUUCUCUGUCGGACGAGGAGGACUCGUCGGGGGUGCAUGUUGACAGCCAUGACUAUGAGGUCUAUGAUAAUGAGUGGGCGCAUCUGUCAUAUCCGGAUGAAUUGAAACCGUCUGAUUCAGCCUCUCGACCAAGGACAUCGCACCGUAAUCGCUCGCACCACGGUUCGCGCUCCGCUUCGGGCCGCCCAACCCCAGUGCACCGGCGGAUGGUUCCCGAACGCCAGCCCCGCGAGUCCUAUGGGACUCGCUCGCGCCGACAGCCUUCGCCAGAAUCCCCCGACAGCGGGGAUUCAGAGGACUAUAACGGCCACUACACCCGCGCUCCUGCAGAACGGAGAUGGCCACAGGCUCCGCCUGCACCGGGGUAUCCCCCCAGCAACUCGUCGGGUCCAACCUUUGCCGCAUUUCCUCCGGGGCAUGCCCCUCAUUACCAGCAUGCCAACGGCGCGAUCCCAUCAGAUCAAUUAGUGCGCCAUCCCAACCCGGGGGCUCAGCCGUAUGGCCCUGGGCCCUAUCCAUACGGUGCGCAGUAUCAAGCCUCGCACGGAGCUGCCAUGCACCAGUUCUAUCCCCACGAUCAAGUGCAUCCCCGUCAUCCUUCCCGUCCACCACCACCACAAUCACGAAUCGAUCCGCAUAACCCCUCCCAACCACAUCUGCCCCCUCACAUGGCGGGACAUGUCUCGCCUCCGUAUCCUGGGUCGCCGUUCCACCAAGAACUGAUGCAUUAUGCGCCUAACCCUUUCUACAACUACCGAGACCCAUACUCGAUGAUUCCCGCCCCCGAACAAGCCGCCUCUCCGGCCCCGGCACCAGCAGCAGCAGGAGCGGCCCCGGCCGCUGCACCCGCAGCCGAGGCAGAUGCCGCCAAGAACGAAGCGAUUGCGCGGUUGGAGAAGUUGAUUAUGGAUGACCGUACGGAGCGCGAGGCCAAGGAAGCCGCGCGCGUAGCUCAGAUCGAGCGUGAGGCAGCCGAGAAAGCGGCUCGAGAGCAGCAACUGGCCCACGACCGGAAGAUCGCCGAGGAAGCGGCUUUCCUGGCUCGGGCCGAUGCGGAGAAAAUGGCUGCCGAAGCCGCAGCCGCAGCCAAAGAGCAGGCAGAGAAAGCGGCGGCGACAGCAGCUUCAGAGGCCGCCGCAGCUGCAACUGCAGCCGCCACUGCAGCCGCCGCGGAGGCAGCCAAUGCCGCAGCUGAAGCAGCAAAGAAACCCCCACCUGAGAAAAAGAAGCCUAUCAAAUUCAAAGACGCCGUGGGAAGAAAAUUCAGUUUUCCCUUUGAGUUGUGUGCUACUUGGCAGGGCAUGGAAGAUCUGAUCAAGCAGGCAUUUCUUCAUAUCGAAGUGAUUGGACCACAUGUUGCGGAAGGGCACUAUGAUCUUGUAGGCCCUAACGGUGACAUCAUCCUCCCUCAAGUCUGGGAGACGGUUGUCGAGCCGGACUGGACUAUCACCAUGCACAUGUGGCCUAUCCCCGAAAAGCCCAAAGAGGAGACUCCAGCUAAGGAGGGAGCUGCCGCUGCCCCCGCAAAAGCCGAUUCAGCCUCGGCAGCCUCGGAGCCUAAAAAGAAACCUGAAGCUCCCAAGAAGCCGGUGCGCAAAGGCGAUGGUGGUGGAUUUGCGAAGUGGAUGAUGGGUGGGCGCCCCCCUGCCAAGGGACCGAAGGCUCCAAAGGCAGAGAAGAAGCCUGAUCCCGCUCCUCAGUGA